AUGCAAGCUUCUGAUCUCUACGUGAACGCCACCUACGUGUGGUUUCUCCAAGUAACCGACAUUGACUUCUUGUCGGGCAGCUAUCUGACGUCCUCAGCUGACCGGGUCGGGUAUGUGGUCGUGAAGGGCAACAAAGGACUGAAGCAGGUACAGCUCGAGAGCCUCGAGCAUGCCAGAUAUGCCAUCAAAAUAUUUUCCAAUCCAGAUCUCGACAGUAUUUCAAUGCCACUCACGAAUGCGAGCUUUGUGCAAAUCCAAAACAAUGGUCGCGAUGCGGUGGUCUCCCUUCCAGAGCUGGAGUUUCUCGGAAAUCGCAGCCACGAAUCCUCCAUGAUCUCUGCCAUGGGCACAGGCGGCGUCUUCCAGGACUUGAUCGACAUCAGCCUUCCCAAGCUGAAGCAAGUCCAUGGCGACUGGAGGUUCUUCGGGAAGUUGAACUUCACAUCAAAUCUAUUCUCAGAGCUCUACCUCCCGCGUCUCGAGACAGCGAACUGUACCCUCGGCAUCGACGACAAUGUUGCUCUGAAUGACCUCUGGCUGCCCCGUCUCGACUACGUCAAAGACCUCGAGAUCCACGCGAACCCACGCCUGCGCAAUGUGACAGCGAACCUCCUCAAGACGGCGGACAAGAUCAACAUGACGGGGCCCUUUACCAACGUCGAGUUCUUCAGCAUGGAGACGGUGACGGGAGAUUUCUACCUCGUCGGGGAUGACACGAUGGACUGUUCAUGGUUUGACGAAUACUUUCUGAACAAUAUCGUUCAGGGCUCGUACAAGUGUGUUGGCAACCACACCAAGCCUGAGACGGAGCGGAAGCCCAGCACGCCCACGGAUGAAGCUCAGCUGGAAGCUUGGGGACCGGGUAAAGAUGGUGGUAGCGACAGUGGCGACGACACCGGUGACAAAGAGGGCACGAGCUCCGGAGGCAGUUCCAAUGGAGAAGGGGGAGGGGGUCUCUCAACUGGAGCGAAGGCGGGCAUUGGAGUUGGUGUUUCCAUCAUGGCCUUGACGUUGAUACUUGGCGCUUGGCUCCUCUAUCGCAAGAAGAAAGCACAGAAAGCACCCGAGGAGGCGCCAACCGCUGACCCGGGGUUCCAAAAGGCGGAACUUGAUGGAAAUUCCAACCCAACUCCUGUGGAUAUCGAGAAAGGUGAGAGCAAAAUGGGCGUCACAGAAACGGUGCAGGCUGGGGAGCUGCCUGAUUCAGGGAAGGUCGAGUUGCCUGCCAGAACGACGAGGGCCGAACUCCCGGCUUGA